GAGUGAUGAUAAAACUUCGUUAAAUAUAUCCUUUAAUUCGAAGAAUUAUUGUCAUUAAGAGUAUAUAAGUAAACUGCAAUAAUGCAAGAGAAAGAGAAGAAGCCCCCUGGAAACCACUUAAGAGCUGAAGAGUUGCUGAAGAACCGAGGGAUUCGCACCGAUGCCUGGGAAGAAUGGGAGAAAUCCAUUCAAACCCUGCCUAAGACUGGAUGUAAGCAAUACGAAUCUAAUGGAUCAUGGCUACAAAAUAGACAAAUCGAUGCAAGUAUUAAGAAUCGGAAAGAAUUACUGGGAAUCGAAAGAGUCGAGAGAAGUUCUCAGCUAGCAGCUGCCGAGUGGUUGUCCGAUCAGUCAAAGGCUCUAGUUACAAAAAGAUCAGGUCAAGACUGGUCAGCUUAUGGUUUAGAAGAAGGCUCCAAUCUUUACCUGAUUCCGGAAGAAGCUUUACUACUUCUCGAAUUGAAUUGCCUAGAGCUCACUUGGAAUGGAUUGGCUCUGUCGGUGCAACAAGCUUAUGAAGUAUUGAUCGGAUCUGAAAAUUCAACAUGUAGUUUAAACGAGUAUAGAGUUUACAGUCAGCUUGCAAAACAAGGGUAUCGACUUCAGAGAUUUAAUUAUGAGCAACCAAAUUAUGAGAAGAAGACUGUACGAUUUGAGGAGCCCGUAAAGAGGAAGGUCAUUGGUAUCCCAGAGACAGGCCUUAGAGUGCUCGACAGCCUCUGCGGGGCUCGCCAAAGUAACGAUAAAACAGUAAUUGAUGAAUCUCAGAAUUCUAAAGACCAAUCUAACGGUCAGGUCAAAAAUUCAGGUAGUACAGAUGAGACAAAAAUAAGUAAUGAAACGCCUGCAAGUAUUACCGAAGAUAUUACCCGUGACAUUAUGGACUCUAUUAUUUGCCAAAUAGAAAACAAGGACAAGGAUGGUGAAUCCAGUUCAGCAAAUGUUACCCACACUCCUGCGACAUCCAAAAACAGCGAUACAAUAAUGAAAGUUGUUGCUCAAGACAGCUGCACCGACGAUAACUCUGAGAAUUCUGAGAGCAAACGAAAAAACAGCAAAAUUGAAAUCAUCUCGGAUGAGAUACUUGUGGAUAAUAUGAAAAUACGGAAAAACGUUCCAACUGAUUCAACUACGGUUGGGAAUCCAAGUCAAAAGUGGAUAAGUUCUAGAAUACAAAGAAACGUUAAGUUACUUCCUAAAAGAAAUCAUAAGGUCCCAGUCCCUCAGAAUGUGUCAGAAUUGCCAGACAGUUCUCAUUUAGAAGCAAGCUCAAAGAAAUCAGGACCGGUGGGUAAUAAUGCAGAUAAGCGUAAGCUUCAGGAACCAUCUACGAUAUCUUCCGAGGCGAAGAGAUCUCGUCACGAGGUAAUAGAGUUGUCCGAUGAUGAGAUCGAAGAGAUACCACAUCGGAUGACUAGAAUGGAGAUGCUCAACAUGUUUCCAAACAUUGCCAUUCGUCCAGCUCGAAUGCGAAAAAUAUCUACGCGAUAUUUACCCUUGAAUGUAAAACCCAAGAAAACUUCUUACGAGUAUGUUCCAUGGGCGGUGCACAGGGCAGAGCAAAUUGAUAUGAAGGCUCGGGAGAGUUCAAGAUCAAAAAGCAAUACUGAAUUAAACAACAGAAAACGUAAUCAAACCUCGAGUUCUGCCUCCACUAGAUUCAGAACAGACAACUUGGAAUCGGCUUACUACAACCGUAGACAGAAUUUCCAAAAUUUUUCAUCGAACAGGCCUCCUUCGUCAAGACAUUCACAGUUUUCAAGGCCAAGGGCGCCUUUUCUAUUCGUCGAUUCCGAGCAGAGUACCUCAGACUUUUUUGGGAGGUCCACGUGUAUUCAGAGGAAUGUAAUGCACAACACUAACAUUGUCUCUCGGGGCUACGGUCAGUAUUACAGCAGAUCGAAUACUGUAUCGAGGAAUGGAAAUUUUUCCAUGCAAGUGGACAAUUAUACAAAUAUCGCCAUAACUGAGAAUCCCAUGCGAAUGCCAUUUAUGGCAGCACAUUUUCAGCAGAAUCCUUGGCAGAUAUUUGCCAUGCAACAGAACUUUUGGGCCCAGCGAAUGUUGGCUUGUUUGACAACGUUAGGGAUGCAAAACUGUUUCGAUGUCCAAAGAAAUCAACAACAGACUAUGAGUCCGAGAAGAUUACGAAUUGAACCUCCCACGAGGGUGGUCUCCAUUGAAGAUGAUGAAAAAGAAGUUAAUAAACCUUCCUUUGUGAAGGAUCCCGAUACCUCUUCAUGGUUUGAACUGAAGAAAAAGUGGAUCGAUGAGAAAACCAUCACUAUAGAUGACGAGGAUCGCAACGACUUGAAUGAGUCUGCAGAUUGCAACGAUGUCGAAGUAGUGAAUCAGCCCAUCAAGCCUUUAGUCGAUUCGAGAAAUUCCAGAAACUUUGUUGAAGUUUUUGAAAGACUUCGUAUAAUAAAACCUGCUGCGGAGAAGACUGUCAGGAGACGAAGAGGACAAUACAAAAUAUCGUAUAACGUGUACUCCAGUAUGCAACACUUCAGGAAAAGUCAACCAGGAGUUCCUAUCUGUCGACUGGUAGUUUUAAGGCAAAAGGAUCCCUUUGUACAACCAGUUGAACUGGCUCGUCUGCAACAGGACAGUAAAGGUGCUCCCAUCGUCCUGGCUUGUGUAUCGAACACUUCCGUUGCAUUUCUUCAGCCUGGAGUUGUCUCGCUGCCUAAUUUAAAUUAAAUUUCUGUUUCUUCUAAUAAAUGUACAGUUUCUAAAGAAAUCACGCGCACGAAACAGAUAUACAUUGUGCUCCCAGAUGUCAGUCAUCGAGCACAUGCUCCGACUCUUUCUUAUUUAUUAACAAUAUAAGUCCUUGUACGAGUAUGCAUAUAUACAAUCGUAAAAAGUUUAUACAUAGGACCCGAGUCCGUGUCGUGCCUUGAAUAAUAUAUACUACUGUACAGCACAA